AUGAAGAUCAAGUCACUCUCCACGACGCUGGGGUGCGCCCUCAUCUUUGCCUUCUUUGCGGCCGCGGUGGCGGAGACUGAACCCAAGUACCCCGUAUGGCCCGCACAGUUCACAGUUGACUUUGAUGUGCUCGUGCCGGACUACGGUAAGAACUUUGUGAAGAAGGGCGCCCUGUACUACGACUACAAGACGCAGAGGGCGAGGGCCGAUUACUACGACUGGUGCAUUCCGCUUUUCGACGGUACCAGCGGAGGCGGCCCCAACCUCUACAACGAGACCUGCUCCUUCCUCAUGACCCCCAAGGGCGCCUUCUUCAUCAGCCCCACGUUCCCGAUCAAGGAGGACAGAUGCUGCUACUUUGCCGACAUUCCUCCGCCCACUCCCGACUGGCUGAAGAACACGCGCUACAACACCACUGAGGCAUGA